AUGAGUGGAGAAAGCACAUCGCGAGAUUCAGCUCUGGAAUCCGCAAACAAAACACCUAUGAAUACCUCCGGCCUUCCGGGCUCAGCCAUUCCUGAGCCCGAACAGGGUAGAGGCACCGAUGCGACCGAGAAUCAGGACGUAACCUCUGUCGCACCUUCCGACCCGGCCUCGUCCUCCGCUGCACCAGCGGAGAGUACACCGACUGCUGCUGAAGGCGCCACCGCACCGAAGAAACGCCAUUUGCUGAUCCCCAUCCCGUCGCGACGAUCCUCGAAAACCAACAAACAGCAGGGGUCGGAAAAGACUGAGGAAGCAGCGCAAGAUGAGCCUUCCCGAAGAAGUUCCAAAGUGAGCAUCCUGCAGUCGAAACGGGAUCAUAGCCGGGCAAGUAGCCGACGGUCGCGCCAGACCCAGAACGGAGUGAAUCCGGAGGAGAGUAAAGAGGCGGCGACUAUGCCCGACGACAGUUCCUCGAAGCCUCCACAGAAGAAAAGUUCAUCCAAGUUCCUGGCUUUCUUGGGCUGUUGCUCCUCUUCGGAUGUUGAUGCAGAUGACAUUGCCCUGCCUGCAAAGAAAACAACCAUGCGGCCACCAACUUCCAACAGGCUGCCUACUCCAGACAAGGCAGAGGCUCCUACUGGUGACUCAAGCACUGUAGAAUCAAGGGAGCCAUACUUAGAUGAAAAGGCAAACUCCACAGUCAGCGCGGAUCAGCCUCGCGAAGAAGACCGCAAUGUCCAGCCUGCUGCGGCUAGCGUGCAAGGCGAUGGUCCUUCUGCGGAUGCCCCACAGCCAGAAGUAUCUGGCCAGAAAGAUCAGACCAAUGAUGUUAUCCCGCAUGAUCAGACAGGAAUUGUGAUGGGAUCAGUACCUGAAGUGAAAGAAGAUGCAAACACUCACGAUUGGGAGGGUCAAUCAACCUCAACCACCGAGGACCUCACUUCUGCAUCAACGUCAACCAUCCCUAAAGAUUUUGGCACUGACGGCCACGAAGAAGUCACAUCUCAUCAAGAAAUGAAACUCCCCGUGGUGAUCCCUCCGCCACCACCACCGCUUCCACCGGCACCCCCGGCUCCCCCUGCUCGAACCCACUAUGAGGACUCAGCGCAUCCUUUGCUCCCUGCACCUUUACCCCACUUAAGUGGUCGAAAGUGCUUGGUUCUCGAUCUCGAUGAAACACUGGUUCACAGCAGCUUCAAGGUCUUGGAGCGUGCCGACUUCACCAUUCCAGUUGAGAUCGAAGGUCAAUACCACAACAUCUAUGUGAUCAAACGUCCUGGCGUGGACGCAUUCAUGAAGCGUGUUGGUGAGCUUUACGAAGUGGUGGUAUUCACUGCCUCAGUUUCAAAGUAUGGCGACCCUUUGCUCGAUCAACUGGAUAUUCAUAACGUGGUUCAUCAUCGCCUAUUCCGAGAGAGUUGUUAUAACCACCAGGGGAACUACGUCAAGGAUCUUUCACAAGUCGGUCGAGACUUGAAGGAAACAAUCAUCAUCGAUAAUUCCCCCACAUCCUACAUCUUCCACCCUGAGCACGCGAUUCCCAUCAGUAGCUGGUUCUCUGACGCUCAUGACAAUGAGUUGCUCGAUCUCAUCCCUGUUCUCGAGGAUCUCGCGGGGGCCCAAGUCCAAGAUGUCAGCAUGGUCCUGGACUGCACCCUGUAG